CUACUACCACCUUAUGUGCUCCCAGUCUAAUUUGUGAAACUUUCAUCAUAUGCAUAAUUUUCCUAAAUUCACCAUCCUCAAACUAACUGAUUAAUUUGGAUCUUUUACCUUAAAUGUGGAUUUAAAAAAUUGUUUUUGUUAACAUCUGUUAAAUAAUGUGCAUGUGUUGUAUUACAUGGGUUUUUUUUUCUUGUCUGUUCUACUUGUUAGAUACUGCUUUCAGUUUAGUUUAACAGCAGCUAAUACGGUUUCUAAAAUAAUCAAAUGUAAAGGAAUUGGUGAUGUUUAUAGAUGAUCUGAAAUGCAGAAUGGUUGUUUGGAGGUGGGAGGUAGACCUAAUUUUAAAUUAUUAUUAAAAACAGUACUUUACCUGAAUAAUUUAUACUUUGAGAUUUGUUUAUUUCCAAAUAAAUACAACCAAAUUUAAGAAGUUAAGAAGCAGCUCAAAGUAAAAUUCAGUUUUAUUAUCUGUAUGUUAAAAAAUGCUGAUGUAUUAUAUAAAUUAUCUCUGCUCUGGAAUAAUUUUUAUUAAAGUCAGGAUUUUUUAAUAUGUCUGUGACUAAUAUCUCAUUGAAAAUCUGUAGCAAGGCCAUGUGUUAAGCAACUUUCUGAAAAAGUAAAAGAGUAAUUGCACCUGACAAGUUGAUUAGCAAUACUUGUAUUUGAGAAUAUUUGAUAAAGUGUAUGUUUAUAAUCUUGCUCAUAGCUUCUUACUGAGGGUCAGAUUCUGCUGUUCUUAGUCACUUCAAGUAAUUUCUUAUAUUACCAGUAAUCUCCCUGAUUAAAUGUGGAGAGUGAUGGCAAAACCUGACCAUAGUGACUAAAAGCAACAGUUGCUUCUUUCAGUCUUUGACAGCUGUGAGAACAACUCUUUAUUUUUUUCCAAACCAUGCAUCCUAAAUUCCGACCUGUAAGAGUAUGUACCUAUAUUUAGCCACUGAGAUUAAGUUGCAGAGGCUUCAGGCAGGGCAAAGCACAUUGGUCUGUCUUUUUUACAGACAGACAUUUGGGCAGACAACAGCUAAAGCUUUCUGCUCCCUCCCUUUCCCAAGUAUUUGCAAAAUGGAUUCCCAAAGGGAACUCACUGAAGAACUCAGACUUUACCAAUCCACCCUUCUUCAGGAUGGCCUCAAAGAACUCCUGGAAGAGAAAAAAUUUGUAGAUUGCUCCCUAAAAGCUGGUGACAGAAGUCUGCCUUGCCACAGAUUGAUUCUGUCAGCGUGUAGCCCUUAUUUUCGUGAGUAUUUCUUAUCUGAGCAAAAUGAAGAGAAAAAGAAGGAGGUAGUUCUAGAUAAUGUUGACCCCAACAUCCUGGAUAUGAUCGUCAAAUACCUUUAUUCAGCAACUAUUGAUCUUAAUGAUUCCAACGUGCAAGAUAUUUUUGCUUUGGCCAGUCGCUUCCAGAUCCCUUCUGUAUUCACUGUGUGUGUCUCCUAUCUUCAGAAGAGGCUUGCUGUUGGUAACUGUCUGGCUAUCCUUCGAUUAGGUGUUCUGCUUGAUUGCCCAAGACUUGCAUUUUCUGCCCGUGAUUUUGUCUCAGAUCAUUUUGUGCAGAUCUGCAAAGAAGAGGACUUCCUGCAGCUUGCCCCAAAUGAACUUGUCUCAGUUAUUUCACCUGACAGCUUAAACGUAGAGAAGGAAGAACUGGUAUUUGAAGCAGUAAUGAGAUGGGUCCGGUCAGACAAGGAGAACAGAGUAAAGAGCCUAGGAGAAGUCUUCGACUGCAUACGUUUUCGUCUUAUGCCAGAAAAAUAUUUCAAAGAACAUGUUGAGAAGGAUGAUAUAAUUAAAAGCAAUUCAGAUCUUCAGAAAAAAGUAAAGAUUAUUAAGGAUGCUUUUGCUGGAAAACUGCCUGACUCUAGCAAAAAUAAAGAAAAGUCAAACAAAGGGGAAGUAAAUGGUGAUGUAGGAGAUGAAGAUUUACUGCCGGGCUACCUAAAUGACCUUCCCAGGCAUGGCAUGUUUGUCAAAGACCUAAUUCUUCUGGUUAAUGACACUGCUGCGGUAGCUUAUGAUCCUCUCGAAAAUGAAUGCUACUUAGCAGCCCUGGCAGAACAGAUUCCCAGAAAUCAUUCCAGUAUAGUCACCAAACAAAAUCAGGUCUACGUUGUUGGAGGACUGUAUGUGGAAGAGGAGAACAAGGAUCAGCCUUUCCAAUCAUACUUCUUCCAGCUGGAUAGCAUUGCUGGUGAGUGGGUUGCCCUUCCUCCACUGCCGUCAGCCAGGUGUCUCUUCGGGCUGGGAGAGUCAGACGACAAGAUCUAUGUAAUUGCAGGCAAGGACCUUCGCAAUGAGGAGUCUCUAGAUUCAGUAUUGUGCUAUGACCCUGUGGCAAUGAAAUGGAGUGAGAUCAAAAAACUACCCAUCAAAGUAUAUGGCCAUGCUACCAUCUCAAACAAUGGACUGAUAUAUUGUCUCGGUGGAAAAACUGAUGAUAAGAAAUGUACUAAUAGAGUAUUUGUAUACAAUCCAAAGAAAGGAGACUGGAGAGACCUAGCUCCAAUGAAAGUGGCUCGCUCAAUGUUUGGAACAGCCAUCCACAAAGGCAAGAUUUUCAUUGCCGGUGGUGUCACUGAAGAAGGCCUUACUUCAUCUGUUGAAGCUUUUGAUCUGACCACAAAUAAGUGGGAGAUUGUGCCUGAAUUUCCCCAGGAGCGAAGUUCUAUCAGUUUAGUCACCUUAAGUGGAUCUUUGUAUGCUAUUGGAGGUUUUGCAAUGAUUCAGCUUGAAUCUAAAGAAUUUGCACCCAAUGAAGUCACUGACAUAUGGAAGUAUGAUGAUGAAAAGAAGGAAUGGGUUGGCAUCCUGAAAGAGAUCCGAUAUGCCACUGGAGCUUCCUGCUUGGCUACACGUUUAAAUCUCUUCAAGCUAUCAAAACUGUAAACAAAAUGCUGGAAAGUUUGAUAUGACGCAGGAGUUUUGAUAGGCUCUUCUGAAUUUAUUGCAUGAAAACGUCUCCAGAUUGUUCAGAGUUUUGUAGCAGCAUACUAGUUAUACUGUUACCUGUUAAACAGUUCAUCUGUCUAUCCAAGUCUUAAGGUAUUUACUAGCUAAUCAAUAAGAAGUGAAUUUUUGCUAACCUUUAAAAUCCUGAAGAAUUCUAAUUAAUGCUGAUUAGAAUAAAUGAAGAUUUCUACUCCAUGGAAAAUAGAACUAGUUAGAUAUCCUUACUCUCAGUCCAGGACGGUGGUGGCUAAUCUGUAAACAGUACUCAAGAACGAAUGGAUUGUUAAGUUAAAUACAACUAGUAGGUGCUGAUCUUAUUCUAACCAGCUGUUUGUAGAGCCUGAUUUCUCCCUUCAACAGCACAUGCAACUCCUGCAUUCUUCAGUCAUAUUUUGAAAACAUUUUCAGUGGAGCCUGGAAUGGAAGUGCAUAUUGAAAACAGAAGUAUAUUAUGUGGCCUAAGAAGCACCAACCUUAGCCAGAGCUGAGUAGGCAGCUGUGAGGAAAAAGAGAGAAUUUUACAAGGGUAAUAGCUUUGCUGUUUCACCUAUUAUGUUUUGGUUUCUCGUAAAAAGAUUUCCCUUUUUUUAUGCUUUUGUAUGUAUUUCCAAAGCAAAUAUUUAAUGGAAAGUUUUCUCAGAGAUCUGAGGCCAUUAACAGGCAUUCAUGAAAAACGCUCGAACAACUGAUCACCAGUAAGCACCUACCUAAGAAAUCAUUGUUGCAUUUUAAUGUUUAAACUUUUAACUAGUAACAAUUAAACUUUGUUUUUAAUGCUGUUAAAAUAUCA